UUGAUUGGUCGGUUCACCACGGCCUGAAUUAUAAAUUCACGCAUAAUUUACCAUUUUAACACUCACUUGCUCAACCUGACGUCAGAAAAUACCAACCUCAAGUUUUCUUCUUAAUACAGGAGACGGACGCCCUGCAAAAAGCGAGCAGCCAACACCACCAGAUCACCAAAGAUGAAGUUGCAAACUACGCUAUGGGUCAUAUUGGCGAUUUGUUUUAUAGUGCUGCUCACGAUCGAAGCAAAGGGGCCAAAGAAACACCGCAUGCCCUCUCGUCGCGGCCCUUCCAGUUACCCACGGACUCGUCCUAGCCCCCACGGACCGCGACGUUCUCGUCCUAGUCCCCACGGACACCGUUCUCGUCCUAGUCCCCACGGACACCGUUCUCGUCCUAGCCCCCACGGAAACCAUUCUCGUCCCAGCCCUCAUGGACACCCACAUUCUCGUCCCAGCCCUCAUGGACACCCACAUUCUCGUCCCAGCCCUCAUGGACACCCACAUUCUCGUCCCAGCCCCCACGACCAUCAUCACCACCAUGACGGAUCAUACAGAAAUGAAACAUUUGAACAUGACCACGACUUCAGUGGAUUGCUUCAAAACUUGACAGCAGAGUUUUGGACCAACAAUACAGACAGUUGUUACUGCAAUGAGAACCCCUGUGCUAUUAACAAUGGCGGCUGCGAAGACCUGUGUGUAAAUACGUACGCCGGCCAUUACUGUGCGUGUAGUCUGGGCUAUCAACUGGUGGCCGGGGAAAACGACACAACUUCCUGUGAAUAUGAAAUCACGUGUGUGGCGCUCAACGAAUACAAUCAGUUGCUGUGUAUCUGUGAAGAUCCCAAUGGCAGAUACCCAGUGAAUGGAACAAGGUGUCAAGACAAGGAUGAGUGUAUCAUGGAGAGUCCGUGUCAAGACCAGUGUACUAAUACCAUUGGUAGCUUCUUCUGUAAUUGUUCGGAUGGAUAUCGUCUCUCAAAUGAUUCCAAGACAUGCGUUGAUAUAAAUGAAUGUGCGAUUCCUGAAAUGUGUUCCGCCAUUUGUAUCAACACCCCCGGUGAUUUUUUCUGCCUGGGCAUCGGUGGAUUUUUACAGAACGGUCGCAAGAAGCGAGCGGCGGACAUGACGGACUUUGAAAGUGGCGACAUCUAUGGCGACUUUCUUGGAGAGCAGCAAGAAUCUAUGGAAAUCCAACUUCAGCAGCUUCGAAUCCAACUGCAAGAAAACAUGAGAGCUGAAAGAACAAAGAACGUCGAGCAACAGUUUUGGCAGUCCAUGAUAUACCUUCUGAUCGCUGUUAUUGCAGUUGUUAUGUCACUGAUCCUCAUGUGUAAAUUAAACAGGUUUGAAAAAGAAAUCGAAAGAUCGAUCCUUUGGACUGAAAGUUUUAAACCUAGCAGUGACGUUAUAAAAAUUCAGGAUUUAUCUUUAAAGCAUGAGCCUCAAGUAUGAAUAUUGCGGUUAUUAUUGAGAACGUUACGUUGGACAUUGAACAUGCAAAAUGAUAUCAACUAUCCAGGGCAUAUAUCUCUUGACACCCCGUCAUUUACUAUUUGUCUGAUUUAUGUAUCUAUAGUAUAUGGACACGGGUUUAUAGUUAGGAAUAACUAACUUGAAAAUAUUGAAGACACGAAUACAUAGUUUUUGUAUAAGUUCAAGUGGUUUUAAGGGAAGACCAAGAUAUUGUUUUUAAAACACCUAUUUUCUUUAAUAAAAUACCUAAUGUUCCACUUUAUUUUUCAUUUGAGCCACUUUCUUUAAAAUCAAACAUGAUAUCUUAGGGAAAAUUAUUACACAUUUCUCAUAUUAAAUUUUUAUUUCUAUUUUAACAAAUCUUUUUAUAAUUGCAACUCUGUGUUUUCCUAGAAAAGCUUUACCGUCCGUGAAGAAAUUGGCCACCCCGUUUUUUUUCAUCCACAUGUGUUGUUCUAUCGAAUGUACGUUAUCAUAAUGAACUCUAGACAAAUGCAUCAUUUCAUAAGACUGUUAUUUAACUAUCUAAACCAUCUAUCGCAAUAACACAUCGUGUUCUUUGUCUGCCAUUUAUGUGACCAGAAUCCUGUAAUAACCUCCACCAAGUCGAACAUAUAAACGCACCUAUUGUCUAUUUAUUUACACUUUUUAACAAAAAAGCCAACUGCGAUAAACUUUGGGAAACUAUGUCUAUAUUAAAAAGCUACUGGGAAAGAAAAUAAAACAAAGAUUGGUAAUUGUAAAUAGUAAUAUUUUA